AAUCUCACUGAUGAACAACAAGUUACCGCUGUGAUACGAUCUUUGCCCGAGUCAACUUGGGGGUAAAUGAAGCUUGUUUUGAUACACAGUGAGAAUAUUAAGACUUUUGCUGAUAUAUCUCACCAUUUGGAGCUAGAGGCGGAGCGCAUAGAUGUGCACCGUAAUAUUCUACUUGUUGCCCAAGCUGGGAAGCGCAAGACAUUCAGGCCUAAGCGCAAGCAACAUAGGAGAUCUGCUGGACCGGCAAAUAGUCUUGAGCUAAGGGAUGGAAAAGUAGUAAAGCGCCACAGAGGCAAGCGUGCUGGCAAGGACAAGUCCAAAAUGAAUUGCUAUAACUGUGGAAAAGUGGGACACUUUGCUCGUGAGUGCAUUGAGGCAAAGAAGACACAGGAGCAACUAAACAUGUAGCUUGAGAUCGAGUUGGGUUCAUAAAUUAUAGAAGAAUACCAGUUGGCAGACAAUACUUUAUAUUGGGUAACGGAACUCGGGAGGA